UUAAAGGAGCAGGACUAUAGAAUUUGUUUCCUCUUCCCCUCCCCACCCAUCUCCAUCUCCAUCGCCGUCACGGCCUCCGCCCUGCCGUCAGCCUCUCUUCGCUGCCCGGAUCGCCCAUCGCCGCCGCCGGUUAUUGUUGAUGCCUUACGCACACAUGCGGCGCUAGGUGAUGACGAGCUUGCCUGAGAGGGAUUCAGCACCGCCAUCCGAUACUUCGUGCAAGGGGGACUCUGUAGCUGCUGUUGCCUCUUCCUCUAGCUCGGAUCAGAAAGAAGAUAGCAGCUCCAAACAGUCGAAGACCUCGAUCCUAUCCAGCGUCUUCACGCCCCCAUUCGGCAUCUUUGAGGGGCAGCAGGACUCAUUGCCGACGUGCGACAAGAAGUUGCCAAAGUCCUCCUCGGGAUCCUAUGGUUGGUCGAGGAUUUUGAGGAGAAUCGUGGGCAGCAGCGCGAUGUGGCGUCUUCUGGGGUGCAACAAGGUUCUGACCUCCAGUGAUGUGUGGUUCCUUGGCAAAUGCUACAAGGUGUCACCUGAGGAGUCAUCCAGCGACUCGGAUUCUGACAGUGGGCAUGGCGCGCUUUUAGAAGAUUUUUCCUCGAGGAUAUGGAUCACUUACCGAAAAGGCUUUGACGCUAUAUCUGAUUCCAAGUUAACUAGUGAUGUGAACUGGGGCUGCAUGGUUAGAAGCAGUCAGAUGCUGGUUGCUCAGGCGCUCAUUUUUCACCAUCUUGGAAGGUCUUGGAGAAAGCCCUCAGAGAAGCCAUACAACCCAGAAUAUAUAGGGGUCUUACACCUAUUUGGUGAUUCUGAAGCUUGUGCUUUCUCUAUUCACAAUUUACUUCAAGCUGGAAGGAGUUAUGGUUUGGCUGCUGGAUCAUGGGUGGGUCCAUAUGCUAUGUGCCGGACAUGGCAGACCCUUAUCCGCACAAAUAGAGAGCAAGAUGAAGUUGUAAGUGGGAAGGAAAAUUUUCCUAUGGCUCUUUAUGUGGUUUCGGGUGAUGAAGAUGGUGAAAGAGGUGGAGCUCCAGUUGUUUGCAUUGAUGUUGCUGCUCAGCUUUGCUAUGAUUUCAACAAAGGACAAUCAACAUGGUCACCUAUUCUUUUGUUAGUUCCGCUGGUUCUUGGCCUUGACAAAAUUAAUCCAAGGUACAUCCCAUUACUAAAGGAGACGUUUACAUUUCCUCAAAGCUUGGGCAUUUUAGGUGGAAGACCUGGAACAUCAACUUACAUUGCUGGGGUACAGGAUGAUAGGGCGCUUUACCUAGAUCCUCAUGAUGUCCAGAUGGCAGUUAACAUUGCACCGGAUAACUUGGAGGCAGACACCUUGUCAUACCACUGCAGCAUUGUCCGAGAUUUGGCUCUAGACCAGAUAGAUCCAUCCUUGGCAAUUGGUUUUUACUGCCGUGACAAAGAUGACCUUGAUGAUUUCUGUUCUCGGGCCUCUGAGUUGGUAGAGAAGGCCAAAGGAGCUCCGCUCUUUACUGUCGUGCAGUCAAUUCAAUCAUCGAAACAAAUGUAUAACCAGGAUGACGGGUUGGGUAGUUCUGGCGGUAACAUGGCCAACAACGAUGACCUCGAUGGCUCCGGCGAAACAGGAGAAGAGGAGUGGCAGAUCCUUUAGACGAGAGGGAAAAUUGAUGACAUUGAGUUGAAAACCUUACAUCCAACGCAUUGUCUGAAUGCCCUCAUUUGUGUGUGAAUACAGGAGAUUAUUUGUGAUUUCAGGGUGUCGUGGGAUGCCAAUGUCCCAUAGGAGCUGUUCAAAACGUGACAGAUGGGAAUCCCUUUGUACCCAUACAUACCCUUGUGUUCAUUACAACUAAAUGUAUUUAUUCUCUAUUAUAAUAUGAUUUCACAAGUCACAACGCCAUGCUCGCUAGUGACUUUCCCCAUA